AAAGCCCCCCGCCCUCCAGCGAAGGCCCACCGGCAUCGUGUGUUUGACGCGGGCUGGUGGGGACGUCGCUCGGGAGCGGCAAGCCAGCAUGUAUAAUAGUACGGUAAGGCCAUUCGGAGGUGCGGGAGGUUAGAAGGACAGAAAUAUUCCGUGGGAAGGUCGAUCCAUACUGAAUAAUGAAGCAGAGGAUUUCCUUGAAUCACGGCAAUCACCACAAUUCUGCGGGGGACGGGGGGGGGGAACCCCCCUGGAUGAUGGAGAUCCGUGUGAAUGUUUACCGGUAUGGUGCUGGGAUAGGAUUGUGAUGAGAUCGAGUGGAACCCCAUAACCGCGGACCAAGUUGAAAAACAAAGCCGAAUUUAGAUCAAGACGGAAUACGGACAUCGCGACUCCACCAAGUUCCAAAGAGCGAAGGUUACAAAAAAGAAAAGAAAACAAGCGACCUUGGCGAUCUGCUGGUUGCCUUCCUCCGUUGAGGUAGAUUUGAACGGUGGGGGAAGAGGGAGGAAGGGGAAAAGAAAAAAAAAGGGUCAUUGAUUCACGAGGGUCGUUACAACUCGCCCACAGUUACACCCUCUGCUCACCAGACUCCCGCUCCUCAGCCCAACGUCACGGUGCGUCUUGGGCCCUCCUUCAAUCCCAGCCUUCGACAUCUCUCGCCCCUUCUCCACGACCGAGCCGCCAGCCCUCUGACUCUUCACUCCUCCCAACCGGCACACUUUUGCUCCAACCUCUCCACCUACUUAGCUACCCUGCCGCUCCUCCACUCCUCACAGCCUUUUCUUCAGCGCUCUUCAUUCUGGCUGCCAUGAUCAAGGACACGAUGGCUGACCAUGCACCACCUCAAGAGAUCGACUACGAAUCCCUAGGCGGUGGAAGCUUGACGUCGAAUCUGGUUGCGGGAGCGUUUGCCGGUGUCAUGGUAGGGAAAUACCUCCGCUGGAGAUUUGGAGGGAACAAACUGACCGAGCUCCUUUGAUUGACAGGAGCAUGUUGUGAUGUAUCCGGUCGAUGCUAUCAAGGUUUGUCACACCCCCCCGCAAAUAAUUGGGUGGAAUGGCGGCUCAUGGACAGCAUAGACUCGCAUGCAAAUUGUCAACCCUACUCCAGCCGCCAUGUAUACCGGAAUUACGAACGCAGUUGCUCAGAUAUCCUCUACCGAGGGGGUCCGCUCUUUGUGGAGGGGAAUUGCCAGUGUCGCCGUCGGUGCCGGUAUGUCUCUCAUGAGUUGGGCCAGGAUGCCGGUUUGAAUAUUGAAUACCCUACAGGUCCGGCCCAUGCCGUCUAUUUUGGCACUUACGAAGCCGUAAAACAGAAGCUGGGAGGGAAUGUUGGGUCCGAACAUCAUCCUUUUGCGGUUGGUAGGUUCUCGCUCGAAAUCCCUCUCCCAAGUUUGUCCGAUUAAUUUCAACUUAGCUACUGCCGGGGCUUGCGCCACAAUUGCCAGUGAUGCCUUAAUGAACCCAUUCGAUGGUAGGUUUGACUGUGGGUGUCGAUUCGGGUGAUCAUCCGACUGAUUUGCGACAGUCAUCAAACAACGCAUGCAAGUGCAUGGCUCUACCUAUGAAUCCAUCGCCGAUUGUGCCCGUUCGGUCUACCGCAGCGAAGGCUUCCGCGCCUUUUAUAUCUCCUACCCUACCACUCUAGCCAUGACCAUUCCAUUCACCGCGAUUCAAUUCACCGCGUACGAAAGCCUGGCCAAGGUUCUCAACCCCACCCGGAGGUACGAUCCGUUCAGUCAUUGCCUCUCUGGCGGAAUGGCAGGAGCUGUGGCUGCGGCCAUGACUACACCUUUGGACGUUAUCAAGACACUCUUGCAGACCAGGGGCACUUCUCAAGAUAAUCGUAUCCGCAGCAGUGAGUCCACCAAUCGUUCCGCAUUUGUUUGUGCCGGUCGUGGACCGUGAAUCUUAUCGUUUCUAUAGGCAAAGGGCUAUUCGACGCGGCAAAGAUUAUCCACGAGAGGGAAGGUUACAAGGGAUUCUUUAAAGGGAUCAGACCUCGCAUAGUUGCUACCAUGCCGAGCACCGCGAUCUGUUGGUGAGUUGGGAACUCGGUGUUACAUCGUAGAUGAAGCAAAUGCUGACAAGUUAAUUGAAGGACUUCGUACGAGAUGGCUAAGUAAAUUUUACCUUCAUCCGGAACGCUCUUUGGAGUGGCACAAAUUCUUUGCUAACAUUUGUCCUAGGUACUACCUUCGUCUCAACUCGGUAUAAUCUCCUCCAGCACCAAAAGAAAAUUUCCUCGGAAUACACUGCAUGCGAUUUUUUCUUUUUCAUUCUUUUUCAUUCUUCUUUUCCUACUUUUCAUGAACGGUCUGUUUAUCAUUAGUUAUAGAAGCGGGAACAAAAGGGUGUAUUCGGCGCACUGAACACGGGGAGAUAGCUGUACAGAACUCAAAACAAGAAAACAAAAAAAAUCUGGCUAUAAAAGUUGCUAUUUUACGAGCCUUUUGUCUUAUCCCCUCCCCGCCCGUCCUCUUUUCGCAUUUCCGGUACGCGAAGACGGAUGAAUGCAAACGGAGCGACGGGGAUCCUUUUUUACAACUAGCAAGACUACAAACAAGUAUGAUAUUCUUAUCCUUAUCCUUAUCCUUAUCAUUAUCUUUAUCAUUAUUAUUAUUAUCCUUAGAGAUUUGCUCCAGAAUGACGCCCGCAGCCCAAACCUGGCUAAAGAAUUCCCUAAUCAUACAAUUUAUUUAUUGCCCACCAGAAUAAUUGAUACCCGCAUCGGCAUACCACACCCCCGAAACCCUGCCCCAUUGGCCGAGGUGGAAAACGUGGCGCAAGAGCCUCACUAUAUUUCAACCACCCACAGCACAAACACCCACCUUAAUAAAGAGUGACCAAACACUCCCACAACAGAUCAUUUCCACCACCACCACCACCACCACUACUGCCAUACCCGAAUCCCACGAAAACAAAACGAAAGGAAAAACAACAAGAGUAGGGAAGAGGGAAAAGAAAAGAAGAAGAAAAAGGGUGAAAAUGCCAAUAGGCAUCGUCGUCGCAACCGGCCGCUGCGCAAAAACCAUCCGCGUGCGAGUCCCAUCAUUAACCUGGAACUCCCGCAUCCGAAAAGUUCCCCUUCCCCUUCCCCUUUCUCCCCUCCCCUCCCCUCCCUACCUCGCUCCAGCCACUAACCACUUCCCCCCCUCUCCCCCUCUCUCCCCCCUCUUUGCAGACAUACAACGACUACACUCACCACCUCGUACACGACGGCGCCGAAGCCUGCGUUGAAGGAGACUGCGUCAAGAUCUUACCGGGGUACAUUACUAGCAAGCAGAAGACGCACAUCGUCGCUGAGAUCGUCUCCCCGAUGCGCACGGGGAGCGAGAGGAAGCCGCUCCAGAGUGUUGAGGAGUGGGUGCGGAAUAAUGAGGCUAAGCGGAGGGAUAAGGAAUUGAGGAGGGAGGUGAUGAGACGCGGGAUCGCCGAUGUUAGCAGUCGUAGGGGGGGUGCAGGCUUUUGGGGGAGGGGGGGGAGGAGGCGGAGGGGGGAAGGGUUUUAGAGGGGACCGUGAAGGAGGGCGGGCAGAGGUACGAUCAGAAGGUCUUGGGGUGA